AUGGCAGAUAACAAUAGUAGCAGUAUUACAGAAGAGGAAUGGGAAAGUUAUGAUGAAGAUGACAUUAAUGAUAAUAGUAUUGAAGAUGAAGAAUACAGUGAAGACGAUGAUGACGAUGUUUUAGUAUUUGAUAACGACGAAAUUAACGGAAUGUUAGAAGAUAAUGAAAAUGAAGAAGAGGAUGAAUCAAUGCCAGAAAACAUUGAUGAGCAAAUCGAUACUAUUCUUCAGAAAUUAAAUAGUUUUGAAAGGGCACCAAAAAAGAAAAAAGAACCAAUAGCAGCUAUUAAAGCAGAAACAACCACCACUACUAAUAAUAACAGUAAUAACAAUAAUAAACAAGAAAACAAUAAACAAAAAAAUAACAACAACAAAAAUAAUAAUAAAAAAAAAGAGAAUAACAACAAUAAAUCAAAUCAAAUUAAAGAAAAUAAAACAACAACUCCACAACAAAAAGAAACCACAAACACAAAAGAAAAAAAAGAUGAUAAUAAUAAAAUAAAUCAAAAGCAAGAAAAGAAACAACCAAAAGAAGAAAAGAAACAACCAAAAGAAGAAAAGAAGCAACCAAUUGAUAUUGGAUUAGAUGAUUUCUUUAUUAGACCAGGUCAAAUAGUCACUAAAACUGAACCUAAAAAAGAAGAAGAAACUACUACAGAAAAAAAAGAAACAAUAAAAAGAAAAUCAUUUGAAAGCAACGAACCACAACAUCCUUAUAAUAGAAAAAGACCACAAUUUGAAAGAUCAGAAUAUGAAAUCAAACAAAUAGAAAAAAGAAAAGAAUUUUAUAAUAAAAGUAAAAAUCCAAAUUACAGCGGUAGUAAUAAUGAUAAAUUCAAAAAACUUUCAGAUAAAGAUAAAUUAAAGAAAUUUAAACAAACUGUAAAUUAUAGAAAUGUUAACAAGAUCGAAUCACAAAUCUCUGAAAAUAUUGAAUCAAAAAAGAAAAAGAUGGAAUCAUUAUUUGUAACCUCAUUAAAUGAUGAACAAGCAAUCAAACAAAAAAAGAAACAACGUCCAGGUCAAAGAGCUAGAAAAGCACUUGCUGAACAAAUAUUUGGUAAAGAUGCCAAACACCUCCAAAAAGAAUAUGUUAAAAAGAAAAAUGAAAAUAAUAAUAAUAAUAAUAAUAAUAAUAACAAUAAUAACAAUAAUGAUAGUAAUAAAGAAAAAUCACAUCCAUCAUGGGAAGCUAGAAAGAAACAAAAGGCAGCACCAAUUAUAGUUGAUGGUUUUAGUAAAAAUCAAGAUAUUGUUCGUUUCGAUGAUUAA